GACCCUCUGUCUCCCAUCACAGUCACCAGUCGCCCUCCUUAUCGCUUUGGCGUGCAAAUAAUAGGAGCUGAAGAUGACUGUUUUGAUUCAGAUCAGGAGCAAACAAACGGCCAGUGUAACAGCUUUAACAGUAUUGAUCAGCUCAAGUGUCGUCCUGCCCACCUCGCAGCAUUCCUGCACCAUGUCAUUUCCCAGUUCGACCCCGCUCCAGUGCUGUGCUACCUCUAUGCUGACUUCUAUAAGCAAACUAACCCCAAAGAGACCAGACGAGUGUUCUUGGACUUUCACACCAUCUUUAUGGACCGGGCAGCAAAUUUAAAAGUUCCUGUUCCUGAAUCAGUUUCUUCUGAUCUCAACCGCCGGCGGACGGACCUGAUCCCAGAGGAAAUAAACAGGCAGUAUGUUCAAACACUGCAGGACUCUCUGUUCCCUGACAUUCUGAAAAACCUCGAGGACUUCAGGCAGAAACGUAGCAUGGGCCUAACUGUGGCUGAAGUUGAGCUGAACAGACUGGACCAAGAGAGAGUCAGAGAUCGGGUUACUCUUGAGCGGGAAUGUUCGUAUGCCGAGAACAUCAUCAGCAAAAUAGAUGACAUCUUGGUGACCACUCAACCCACAGAAGAAGAAAAAUGCACUACAAUACAGUAUGUUAUCUAUACAUACAUGAAGCACCUUGGUGUGAGGGUCAAGGAACCUCGAAAUCUGGAGCCCAAACGUGUUCGGAUCAGCUUCCUCCCUAAGAUGAAGAAAAGCAUCAAGUCAGAAAAGGAAGGAGACGAGAAAGUGGAGAAAAAACCCAGAUUUACUUUCCGUGCACCACAGCGUUGGCCCAGUCGCAAUGAUGGGAUUAAAGGGCCGGACAAUCGCACCAGGCCACAAAGACAGGUCUCUCAGCCCAUACUGGUGACGAAUGAGCAAAUGGAAGGUGUUCUAAGAGGCAGCCAAUCAAGUGAAGGCCCUGAACUCACUCACUCCAUGUCUGUCAACACCUCGUCUCCAAACAGCAUCACCAACAACUCAGACACCAGCCAAGAUGCUGAUAUUGGUGGGACACCAACAUCAGGCCCCUCCAAGCUGACUGAUGGUAUCCAGUCUGACCCGCUGGGUGGAUUAUCAUGUCCUGCUUCACACUUGGAGUUUUUUAGUCUGGACCAUCUUCAAGAGGAUGACAGAGAAAGUGACAGAGCUCCUGAGGGAACACCAAAAGCCAUCAGAAGACUCGAGGGACUGGGUGCUGUAGAUGUUCAGAGUGAGGAUGAUCAGGGCACCGACUCCGAACACGAUCCACCGAACUGGCAGCAAUUGGUGGGACGAGAGGUCCUUGCAGGUCUCAGGCCUCAUGAGAUCAAGAGACAAGAAGUUAUCAAUGAACUGUUUUACACAGAGCGCGCACAUGUACGAAUGCUCAAGGUUCUGGACCAUGUUUUCUACCAGAAGCUUUCCAAAGAUGCAAUCCUUCCUCCUGCUGACAUCAAGAACAUCUUCACCAAUCUGGAAGAGGUUCUACAGCUGCACGUUUCAUUACUUGAGCAAAUGACAGCUGUUCGUAAGAGAAACGGGUCUUCAGUGAUCGAUCAAAUAGGAGACGACUUGCUCUCGUGGUUCAGCGGUGGAGAGGAGAAAAUCAAGCAAGCGGUGGGGACAUUUUGCAGUAACCAGCCUUUCGCUCUGGAGAUCAUCAAGACCAAGCAGAAGAAAGACUCAAGGUUCACUUCAUUCAUCCAGGAGGCAGAGAGUAACAGACUGUGUCGCCGACUGCAGCUUAAAGACAUCAUUCCUGUAGAAAUGCUGCGGCUCACCAAGUAUCCUCUGCUUCUAGACAACAUUGUCAAGUACACAGAUAAUUCAGAGGAGAAGGUCAAAGUAAAGCAGGCAGCAGACUGCUGUAGAAGGAUCCUCAGUCACGUUAACCAGGCUUUGAAAGAGUCUGAAGACAAGCAGAAAUUAGAAGACUAUCAGAGAAGACUGGACCUCUCCUCACUGAAGCAGACAGACAACCCCAUGAUCCUUGAGCUAAAGAACUUGGAUCUAACCAAGAAGACGUUGAUUCAUGAGGGUCCACUGUCAUGGAAAGUGAACAAGGACAAGACUAUUGAGUUGUACACUCUUCUCUUGGAGGACAUUCUCGUUCUGCUGCAGAAACAAGACGAGCGUUUAAUCCUGAAGUGUCACAGCACAAACCUGGCAGGGACCGCAGAUACCAAACACAUCUACAGCCCCAUCAUCAAGCAGAGCACUGUGCUAGUGCGUUCUGUGGCUACAGACAACAAGUCCUUCUUCGUUAUCUCCAUGUCAGAAAACGGUCCCCAGAUCUAUGAGUUAAUGGCGCCCACAGUCUCGGAUAAAAAGACGUGGCAAAGUCUGAUCUCCCAGCGGGCUGAUACGAUGAAAACCAAACCUCACAGCGUCAUACCAUUACCUCAGCCGGACGGGGAGAGAGAUGGAGUGGAGAUCAUAUCAGCAGGUGCUUCCAGACUGAGUAGAGACGCAGACCGCACGUCCACCGGCAGCGCUCAGUUCACAGAUAAAGAGAGCAAUUCAUCCCCUAGAAGUGCACUGCAGAGUUCUCCAAUUGGUAGUAAUCCAUUUGAAGAGGAAAAGAAAGAUGAAGAGGAGGAAGAAGGAUUUGUGGACCCAGAACUUCCAUAUCAAGUGGCUGAAGUCGACAGAGAAGGAGACUUGUUUGAUGCGUUUCCCUCCAGAGCAGAGGAAGCCUUAAAAACAUUGGCAGCAUUAAAGCAAGUGUUAGUGACUCAGCUGAUGUCCCAGGAGGCAGCAGAGCAAACCAAACGCUCCACUGGAGCCCGUCUCCUGAGGACCACCUCUUUGCGGACCCCAACAGACAGCCGCGCUAUGGUGAUGGUCCACAACAGCUCAGAGAAAAGCAGUUCAAAAACACAGGACCUGGCUCAGGACCUGGGGUCAGGGGACACUGGAUUCUUUGACUCACCUGAAGAUUACGGGUGUUUAGUCCUGGAGGGCUACGGUGGUCCCGGGGAGAGCAGCACCGAUGAUGACAUCAUGGCAUCAACCAAUGGGAAGCAGCUAAGCACCUCGCAAGUCUGUGCUGCAGACUCUGGCAUCAAUUUAAGAUUUUCCUCAACGUCACAGGUCGGCAGCCUCUCCUCUUUCAGCAGACAGGUGCUGUCUCACCUUAGAAACCUUCAGACCAACCUCAACUGUCUGAAGGAGGUUGAGGCUAAGUACAAUAAUUUAAUACGCCAAAGACCAGAGAGGUCAAUAACAGACAUGGAUGAAAACAAAGAUAAGAGAUAGUGUGGACGUCAGUGUGCUUCACGUUUAGGCUCUGGUCCCAAAGAAGAAGUACCAACUUAUAGUCUGCUCUUUCUUCUUGUCUCCUGGACAUUCUGGACAUCCUAUAAGCUUGUCCUGUCACUGCUGAUUACAUUUUUCAUCCCCCAUGUUCGGAGAAUGAGAGACUUGAGUGUGAGCAGUCGUUUGAAGGGAGGAUUUAUGUACGUGAUGUCACGCCGCCCUUCUCAGCACAAGGCAAUCAGGGAAGUGGGAUUGCCCCAGAACCUCAUCCUCUUCUACCAUUGAACCCUCAUUUCCCCCUAAACUCCCUUCAAGAAAGAGAACUUAUACCAAAAUGUACAAAGAUGUGUGUUUAGAAUAUAUAUAUAUGAAACACAAACGAGAAAAGGAAAAUUUUAAGAUAUUGUAUUAAGAUUUUUUUUUAUCCCAAGAUGUAUUUAUUUUCUUUUUUUUUCUUUGUUUUUAAAAAAAAUUGUGUUUCCCAAAUUGCUUGCAUGCUUUUGACCACGGUGUUACCUUUUAGCUGCUUUAUGCUCCAGUCAAACAUGGUUAGUGUG